AUGAGUGAGAUCAGUAUAGUAGAUAAUGUUCUUCAAUUGUUAAAGCAGAAUACAAAAUUUACGGGUUCAUCGCACUUGUUUAAGUUCUAUGAUAAAUUAAAUACUUUCUAUGGAACACAUGAGAAUUUUAGUGUAUGUAACGAAGAGAACAACCUUGUUGUUCAAUCAUGUCCUGCUAUUGAAGAAAUAAUGGAGAAUUGGGAUGAUGGCAUCUUGAGUUUGUUUAAUUCACCUGAUAUAGAUAGCUCUAAGUUGUGUGAUUAUACAUUCUAUUGGUUAUAUGGCAAAUUAGUGGAAUACAAUUUUAAAAUUUCGAAUAUCAGUUUGGUAUACAAUAAAUUAUCUAGUUUUAUGAAAGAUAAAUGCUUUAAAGGAAAGGACGAAAUUUUCUAUAUAAAAAAGGUAUACGAUUUAAAAGAAUUAAAGAAUAAAAAAGAAUUAUACGAUUUUGUAGAAUAUUCUAAAUAUUUAAAAGAUAUAUGGAACGAUGGAAUCGGUGAUAAUAAAAAGAAAUAUUGCGGAUAUACAAAGUACAUUUUUGAACUAUACAAAGAAAUGGAAAGAAAAAAUGUUCAUCAAUAUAUAAGUAUGAAAUAGAUGAAAAUUAUGUAUGAAAUACAGGACAAAGAAAAACGUAACGAAUGUUGUUUAUAUUUCAUUUAUUGGUUACAUGAUCAAAUAAAAGGUAUUUUUGGUGCUAAUCUAGAAAAGAAUAAUUACAAAAACCCUGCUUUUAAACUAUUAGAAUUACCAUUUCGUAUUAAUAAUGAAUUAAGUAGACAUGACUGUUAUUACAAUUUUAAUAAUAAAUUGGAUGAAUGGGAAGAGAUUAUGCAUUUGCUAUACUAUUUCAAAAAUUAUGACACACUGAAAUCUAAUACACAUUCUAACCAGGAAAAACCUGAACAAUAUUGUGAUUAUUUCACUAAAAUUAAAAAAUUGUUUGAAAAGCACAUAAAAUAUUGCUGCACUUGCUUUACCAAUCCAAUAAUAAAUCAUAUAAUACAAAAGAAAAUAAAUCAACCGAAUUCAGUAAGUAAAAAUUGUACUGAAAAAUAUAACCAUUAUAUCUACCAUUUUGUGUACAUAUUUUCCUUAUAA